UGAGCAUACAAAACAUAAAAAGAGGGCUGAGAAUUGGAAACGGAUGUUGCUUCAGACUUCUACCCAUAUCGAAAGGAAUAUUCGUGAGCAGAGGGAACAUGAAAGGAGGAAUGUUGAGAAUCGGAAACGGCAGCUGCUGCUUCAGAGCUCGAACAAUAUCAGUAGCAGUAGUAGUCCCGAUGAAAGUACCCACGGCGGCCGGCGUACUAGUGGCAGUGAUGCUCUGGUGACGAGGACAAGAGGAACAAUAUUGACGAAAAUAAGACGACCAAUAAGAACGUCCAACAACAACUGCAUAAUAAAAGCAAAGUUACCAGUAAAUUCUGCACCAACAGAUUCGAAGCUUUGUCAAUGGUUGAUGAUUAGGACCAAGACAAAAACCGCCCCACAUUAAUGUAAGUAGACUAAUUUCACAUGUUCCCUUCUAUUCCUUCCUUCCUCUUUCUUCUUUCCCAAUCUACAAAUGAGACAAGAAUUCUAUGAAUUGGUGCGUUUAAUUUCUUUUGGC